UGGGUCCCCGACGAUGCAGCGGCGGCAUGCAAGGUGUGCUCUGCUGAGUUCGGCUUCAUCAGGAGGCGGCAUCACUGCAGGAUGUGCGGGAACGUGGUCUGCAACAGCUGCUCGGGUCACCGGCCGAGGGGGAAGAGGGUCUGCUCGCAGUGCUAC